AACGACCCUGUUUCCCCUACAGGGCGCAGAAUAUUGUCCCUAAGGGAGCUCAGCUCCAGAUGCUCAGCACUCCUUCCCGGGCGCUCCCUCCUAGCCAUCUAGGCGCUUGGAUCCUAGCCAUCUGCGCACCCUUCAGGAUGAGUGUGGGUGAUUUCCCGCUUGCGGGUGGAGCACCCAGGUGAGCCCGAGAUGCCGCUGCGCUCCGAGCAGGGGCUGCUCCUGCUGCUCCUGGGGCCGCUCGGUCCUCUCUCCCAGGGCGCCCUGGCGGGACCCUGGCAGGCCAAGGACAUUGUGGAGCUGGACUUUUCCACUGAGCGGCCACUGCACCUGGUGAGUCCCGCGUUCCUGUCCUUCACCAUCGACGCCAACCUGGCCACCGACCCGCGGUUCCUCACCUUCCUGGGUUCUCCAAAGCUUCGUACUUUGGCCAGAGGUUUGUCUCCUGCAUACUUGAGAUUUGGUGGCACCAAGACAGACUUCCUAAUUUUUGAUCCCAAGAAGGAACCAACCUUUGAAGAAAGAAGUUACUGGCAAUCUGAAGUCAACCAGGAUAUUUGCAAAUCUGGAUUGCUCCUUUCUGAUGUGGAGAAAAGGUUACAGUUGGAAUGGCCCUUCCAGGAACAGCUGCUACUCAGAGAACAAUAUCAGAAAAAGUUCAAGAGCAGCACCUACUCAAGAAGCUCAGUGGAUAUGCUGUAUAGUUUUGCAAAUUGCUCAGGACUGAACUUGAUCUUUGGUCUAAAUGCAUUACUAAGAACAGCAGAUUUGCGGUGGAAUAGUUCUAAUGCUCAGUUGCUCCUGAACUAUUGCUCUUCCAAGAAUUACAACAUUUCUUGGGAACUAGGCAAUGAACCUAACAGUUUCUGGAAGAAGUCUGGGAUUUACAUUGAUGGAUUCCAGUUAGGAGAAGAUUUUAUUGAGCUGCACAAACUUCUUAGAAAUUCCACUUUCAAAAAUGCAAAACUCUAUGGUCCUGAUGUGGGUCAGCCUCGAGGAAACACAGUUAAAAUGCUAAGGAGUUUCCUGAAGGCUGGUGGAGAAGUGAUUGAUUCGGUUACGUGGCAUCACUACUAUUUGAAUGGACGCAUUGCUACCGAAGAAGAUUUUCUAAACCCUGAUGUGCUGGACACUUUUAUUUUAUCCGUGCAAAAAAUUUUCCAGGUGGUUAAGGAGACCAGGCCUAGCAAGAAGGUCUGGUUAGGAGAAACGAGCUCUGCGUAUGGGGGCGGUGCACCCUUGCUGUCCAACACCUUUGCAGCUGGCUUUAUGUGGCUGGAUAAACUAGGCCUGUCAGCCCAGAUGGGCAUAGAAGUGGUGAUGAGGCAGGUUCUCUUUGGAGCUGGAAACUACCACCUAGUAGAUGAAAACUUCGAACCUUUGCCUGAUUAUUGGCUGUCUCUCCUGUUCAAAAAAUUGGUUGGCACCAGUGUGUUCAUGGCAAGUGUGAAAGGCCCAGACAGAAGUAAAGUUCGAGUGUACCUUCACUGCACAAACGCCAACCACCCAAGGUAUAAAGAAGGAGAUUUAACUCUGUAUGCCUUAAACCUCUAUAACGUCACCAAGCGCUUGCAGUUACCAUAUAACUUAUUUAACAAACAAGUGGAUAAGUACCUUGUAAAACCUUCAGGACCUGAUGGAUUACUUUCCAAAACUGUUGAACUCAAUGGUCAAACUCUGAAGAUGGUGGAUGCACAAACACUGCCAGCUCUGACAGAAAAACCUCUCCGCCCAGGAAGUUCCCUAGGCUUGCCACCUUUCUCAUAUGGGUUUUUUGUGAUAAGAAAUGCUAAAGUGGCUGCUUGUAUAUAAAAAAGGAAAGCUGAUUCUAGGUCUGAGAUUAAAUAUUUUAAGUGUAAUUGAUAAGGGCUGGGGGUGUAGCUCAGUAGUAGCUCAGUAGAGCACUUGCCUAGCAUGCACAAGUCCCAGGACCAAAAACCAAAACAACAAACAAAAAAUCAAGUGCAUUGAUGAAUAAAGCAAAGCUCAAACUGUAGGAAGCAAGAAGAUUCAUUACAAAUCAACUAGUGGGAGCUUCAAAGACACUGGGACACUAUGCUACAUUUAGCAUAGUAUUUUGAUCUCUAAGUAGAGCACUGCUAAUAAUAAUAGCUAAUAAUACCAUGUGCCAAACACUAUAUUUAGCACACUGCAUGCACUAUUUUUAAGUUUAUUAAAAAAUGUAGCCAGGUGUGGUGGCACACACCUAUAACUUUAGCUGUGCAGUAGGAUCACGAGUUCAAAGCCAACCUCAGCAAAAGCAAGGCAGUAAGCAACUCAGUGAGACCCUGUCUCUAAAUAAUUAAAUUCAAAAUAGGUCUGGUGAUGUGGCUCAGUGGUCGAGUGCCUCCUGAGUUCAAUCCCCUUUACCCCCCACCCCCAAUGUAUAUGAAUGUUCCUAAUAUGGCCAAGAGGCAAAUAAGUGAAGGAUGUAUUAUUCAUUUUAAGAAAGUGUUAACUUGUUUUAAUUUUUAAAGACUGUUAAAAGAUUGUCACAUUCUUUCCUUCAUGUGCCAUCUCUGUGGGCUCCCAUGGGGAAGAGUUUCCUGCCACAACUUUGCAGUCAUCUGUAAAAUAGAAACUACCUAUUUGCACCUUAACAAGAGAUAGAUUCAGCUGCUACUCUCUUUCUCUUCUGUUUGCCUUUGUCAGCAAUCAUUUGUGAGAGGACAGAUUGUCAGAUGUGAGUGUCAAAGUAUUGAACAAUACAGAGGUUAAGGGAUUAUGUAAACUUCCAAUGAAGUUUUAAAAUGACUGUAAAUGAGAUUGAUUUUCCAAAAGGAAAAAUUUUAGAUAACAUUCAAUACAUCAUAACCAUUUGUUAAUUUUUAUUUUUUCUCAGCUGUUUGUGUUUCAGUUGGGAGACUUUGAGCUGCAAGUAACAGAGAAACCAUGAUUCAAAUGGCUUAGAUAAUAAGGAAAUUGACAGUUCCAUACAACAGCAAGUUCAAGUAGGAAAGAGUCUGUCAGGAAUCCAGGUCCUUUCCCUCUCUCUGUUGUGCCAUCUUUAGUGUUAGCUUUGUUCCUGGGCUUAUCGCAUGAUGUCUCUAGCUCCUCCAUGGAUCCAUUCAGAUCUGGUAGCAACCAGAGGAAGAAAAACAUUUUUUUUUUUUCUGUAAAGAGUUGAAGAUCUCUUUCUCAGAGGUUCUCCCAGUAAACUUUUCCUUGUGUCUGCUAAUGUCUUAUUGGUCGGGAAUAGGUCAUGUGGCCAUUUCUCCAGUCACUGGUAAUAACCAUGAAUUGACUCUGCAUGGUCCUCUUUGCAGUGGAGAAGGUUGUAAGAGUCCACAGAACUGCACAAAAUAGUUGUGUGCUUUUUUAUCAUUGGCAAAAUGUAUUAUUUUCCCCUGUAUUUUAAUCCUCUUAAGGAUUACUAUUCUUUAUAUUUAUGUCUAUGAAUGUUGCCUCAAUAAAGUUUAAGUAAAUUUAUAAAGCUA